CUAAUUCAUUCCCCACUUCCUCGCAACUUCAGAAGCAGCCUGCCAGGCCCUGGAGCCAAAAUGAAGACCCCUGUCUGCAGCUACGGCAUCAUGCUGGUCCUGCUCUCUCUGCUGGCUGUCCUACAGGCCACCACUGCCCUAAAGAAUGGCAUCGACAUCUACAGCCUCACUGUGGACUCCAAGGUCUCAUCCCGAUUUGCCCACACGGUCGUCACCAGCCGGGUGGUCAACAAGGCUGAGACUGUGCAGGAGGCCACCUUCCAGAUGGAGCUGCCUAAGAAAGCCUUCAUCACCAACUUCUCCAUGAUCAUCGACGGUGUGACCUACCCAGGGAACAUCAAGGAGAAGGUUGCAGCCCAGAAAGAGUACAGUGCAGCUGUGGCCAGGGGAGAGAGCGCCGGCCUCGUCAAGGCCACUGGGAGAAACAUGGAGCGGUUCCAGGUAUCAGUCAAUGUGGCUCCCGAGGCCAAGGUCACCUUUGAGCUGGUGUACGAGGAGCUGCUCAAGCGGCGUCUGGGAGUGUACGAACUGCUGCUGAAAGUCCAGCCCAAACAGCUGGUCAAGCACCUGCAGAUGGACAUUCACAUUUUCGAGCCUCAGGGCAUCAGCUUCCUGGAGACAGAGAGCACCUUCAUGACCAACGAACUGGCAGAUGCCCUCACCGUCUCGCAGAACAUGACCAAGGCUCACAUCCGAUUCAAGCCAACGCUCUCCCAGCAGCGGAAGUCUCCAGAGCAGCAGGACACAGUCCUGAAUGGCAACUUCAUAGUCCGCUAUGAUGUGAACAGGACCGUCUCUGGGGGUUCCAUUCAGAUCGAGAAUGGCUACUUUGUGCACUACUUUGCCCCUGAGGGCCUGCCUACAAUACCCAAGAAUGUGAUCUUUGUCAUUGACCAGAGCGGCUCCAUGGCGGGCAGGAAAAUCCAGCAGACUCGAGAAGCCCUAAUUAAGAUUGUGGACGACCUCGGCCCCAAAGACCAGUUCAACCUUGUCUGCUUCAAUGAGGAAGCAACCCAGUGGAAGCCAUCGCUGGUGCCAGCCUCAGCUGAGAACAUGAAAGAGGCCAGGAACUUUGCUGCUGGCAUCAUGGCCCGGGGGGGGACCAACAUCAACGAUGCGGUGCUGUUGGCCGUGCAGCUGCUGGAGAGAGCCAACAAGCAGGAGCUGCUGCCCGCGGGGAGCGUCUCACUCAUCAUCCUGCUCACCGACGGCGACCCCACCGUGGGGGAGACCAACCGUGCGAACAUCCAGAAGAACGUGCAGGAAGCCAUAAGCGGCCAGUGCAGCCUCUUCUGCCUGGGCUUCGGCUUCCACGUCAGCUACGCUUUCCUGGAGAAGCUGGCACUGGACAACGGCGGUCUGGCUCGGCGCAUCUAUGAGGACUCGGACUCCGCACUGCAGCUCCAGGACUUCUACCAAGAAGUGGCCAACCCACUGCUGAUGAAGGUGGCCUUCGAGUAUCCGAGCAAUGCUGUGGAGGAGGUCACACAGGACAACUUCCGGCUGCUCUUCAAGGGCUCUGAGAUGGUGGUGGCUGGGAAGCUCCGGGACAAGGGCCCUGAUGUGCUCUCAGCCAAAGUCCGCGGGCAGCUGCACCUGCAGAACAUCACCUUCCAAACGGAGGCCAGCGUGGCCGAGAAGGAAGAGGAGUUCCGCAGCCCCAAGUAUAUCUUCCAUAGCUUCAUGGAGAGACUCUGGGCAUACCUGACCAUCCAGCAACUGCUGGAGCGAGCAGUUUCUGCAUCAGAUUCUGAAAAACAGGCCCUAGAGACCCGAGCUCUGAGCUUGUCACUCAACUACAGCUUUGUCACCCCACUCACAUCCAUGGUGGUCACCAAGCCUGAAGGUCAAGAGGAGUCUCGAGUUGCUGAGAAGCCCGUGGAAAACGAAAACAGACACAGGAACAUCCACGUAGGUCAGUCAUUCUUCAGAUCUCAUUCCACGGGAGACGGAAGGUCCAGAAUAACAGCUGGGACUUCUGAGAGGCUAUCCAGCUUCCAAAGGAGAUUCGGACCGCCCGGCCCUCUUCACCCUCCUCGUGGUCCUUUUCUACCCGACCAUAUGCUGCUACCAGACAUCAGCUUAGCCCCACCGGUUCCUGAGGGAGUGUUUCAUGACAUGGAUUUAAGAACCAAAGAAACAAUCAUCAUGGCAGCCCCACCCCCAGCCCCCAUCCAGGCUCCUCCUGUCAUCCUGCCGCUGCCUGGGCAAAGCGUGGACUGGCUCUGUGUGGACAUCAAGCGCUCUCAGGGGCUGAUGAAGCUGCUCUCAGACCCUGACCAAGGAGUUGAGGUGACUGGGCAGUACGAGACAGAGAAGGCCCAGUUCGCAUGGAUCGAGGUGACCUUCAAGAACCCCCAGCUGCAGGUCCGCGCAUCCCCUGAGCACGUGGUGGUGACUCGGAACCGAAGAAGCACUGCGCACAAGUGGAAGGAAACACUGUUCUCAGUGAUACCUGGCCUCAAGAUGACCAUGGAUAGCGCAGGGCUCCUGCUGCUCACCAGCCCAGACAAAGUGACCAUCGGCCUGCUGUCCUGGGAUGGCCCUGGGAAGGGGCUCCGGCUCCUUCUGCAGGACACUGACCGCUUCUCCAGCCACGUUGGUGGGGCCCUUGGCCAGUUUUACCAGGACGUGCUUUGGGGUCCGCCUGCAGCAGCAGAUGACAACAAGCGCACACUGAGGGUUCAGGGCCAUGACCACCCUGCCACCAGAGAGCUCAAGCUGGAUUACCAAGAGGGGCUCCCGGGAAGAGAGAUUUCCUGCUGGUCUGUGGAGCUGUAGUUCUGAUGGGAGGAGUUAUGCCCAUCCCCGAUGCCACCCCACCGUGUGCAGACGGCUGCCACCGUGUGACCACAGGGCUACCUGUGGGUCCUGGACUGUGAUGGGGAGGGGUACUUCCACUCAUUACAAAUAAAGAAAGAUGUGUGAGCCCAGGGA